GAGGUUAUGUUUGUUUUCAUAUUUCUAUAAGAGUAGGUAGGUACACUUUGAUGAUAAAGAAAAGGAAAGGUAGAAAUAACAAGUGCUAAUAAAAUUGUUAUUAUUUGCGACAAAUGAAAAGAAUAUUAUGACAUUCGAAAACAUUUCACCGAGGCAGAAAAACCGCGCUGCCUUACUUCGGGAUGUGCGAUCUAUCUGCACAGAAACCUGCCACUUACUGGGUUUGGACAUCACGAAACCAUCCACAGACGUUAUCACAGAACUUGUUUACAAGAAAAUAUUGCUGUAUGGGUCGGACUUAGAGGCUUUUGCACGGCACGCCAAACGAUCAACGAUAUCUACUGACGACGUCAAACUGCUUGUGCGCAGAAACCCUUCCUUGAAAGAACAUUUAGGAUCUAUAUCAAGCAACACAGCAGUGAAGAAACAGCGUAGAAAGACAACGAACAAGCCAGAGAAAGCUGUGGAGGCGCCAAGGGAAAAUGAACUUGGCACAGAGAAACCUGUGGAGACGCAAAGAAAAAUUUUUGACAAUGAAGUGACUAGUAAAGUUGAUGAUGUUGAGAUGGAAACAGAUCAUUUAGAAGUAUUUACAAACAACCCGACGACUGAGAGCAGAAAAACGAACACGGGCACAGAAAUAGCUGUGGAGACGCACAAGUUAGAAGAAACGAUCGAUCUUACUUUUGAUUGAAUAAAUGGUAAUUUUUAU